AUGGAGAAGAUGAUCGCAGUGGGAAUAAUAUGGGGCGCCACCAACGCUAUCAUGCGCCGUGGUGCACUUCUUUGGGACGAAGCACUCAAAUCCUCUUCCGCGAAACAACCACAUCCUCAAUCAACAAAUCUCGCUCAAAAAAUCGCGUUCUCUCUACGCAACUGGCUUAUGCUUCUCUCCAUUUGGCAAUACUCGAUCCCCUUUCUAGUUAACCUCUCCGCCUCCGCCACUUUCUUCUCCAUCCUCUCCGAAGCUCCUCUCUCCCUCGCCGUCCCCGUCACAAACGCCACCACCUUCGCUUCCACUGCUGUCGUUGCUACACUCCUCGGCGAACAAACCAAUCUCCCCCGCACUUUCUUCGGUACUGCUCUCAUCAUCAUCGGAAUUUGCUUAUGUAUCAAUUCAUAGCUUGAUUUCUUUCUUUCCGUUUCAUUAUUUUAAUUUCUGUAUAAUAUGAUGUGUAAUUGAAGUUACGAGAUUCGAAUUCAAUUAAAAAGCCAGGGUUUAUGUUUGA